AGUACCAGCGCAGCUGGAUAUUUUCUGCUGUGCCAGCAGAGCCACAAAACUAAAGGCGGCAUUAGAUCAUGGCUCGUAGAAGAUCAAAACAAGCACCUUUCUAUGGUUUGGUCUGUAAGGAUAGUUUUGAAGUCAUGCCCUGGAACACAAAACUCCUGACCACACAGUGCCAGUGCUCACCAUCUCACAAAUCCUCCACGGUAAAAGAUCUAAUUCAUGUAGCAGUCAAUGAUAAGGAUAUGCUGGAAAAAAUCAGACCAUUGCCAAAGAAGUUACCCCCAGGGAAAGGGUUUAUCUUAUGUAAGAAUGCGGACAGAUCGUGUUAUCAAGGGGACGAGUGUACGUAUGCACACGGCAAGGCAGAGCAGAAGGCUUGGAAUGCCCAGUUAAGUGGCAGCAAGAUUGGAAUUGUCAACACGCCAACUUCUGCUGUUUCCGGCUUAUCGCCCGCACAAGCCACGUGGGCAAAGAAACCACCCUCCCGUUUCAGGCGCCAAGUCAGCCCACAGCAGCAGUCUCAAGGGAGAGGUUAUCCACGUUCCAGGAGUGAGAGUCGGUCGCAUUCUGAAAGCUCAACUCAUUCUGAAUCAGUGGGUGGUGACUAUCAACAAGAGCGUAAAGUAUCAACUCCAACAACUCCUAAGCAACAAAGAACUGUUGAAGCUCAGCGACAAAUACGUGUGUCUCCAUCCCACAAUAUCAAAAACAGGCCUGCUACUGGUUUUCCUCAACAAGUACCGCCUCGACCCCCUCCCGUUGCUCAUUCUGGUAGUAAGCCCCAAAUGUCGUCACCCCCCAACCCCAAGUAUGUCCAGCCUCACCUACAUUCUCCAGCCAGUGAGCCUCAGGAUGUUCGAAUUCCAGACGUAGUACAUGCCCCCCUAUCUACGGAGAACUAUAAGAGCAAGUUUAUUGAACUGCUCAAACUGGAGGAAAAGGAGCAUCAGAGGGUGCUUGAUGAAAAAUGCAAUGGAGAGUAUGAUAUAUUUCUCUAUCGGAAUGGAACUGAACCAUCAGCUCUGAGACGACCAUCCGAUGUUCAAUAUUGUCGCUAUGGCUACCUGGAAGACAUCAAUGGAGACCAAGUUGCAUAUGCAACACAAGCCAGUCAAGGCUCGAUUUAUAUCCACAACCUCGACCAAGUAAAGAUCUGUAAAGCUGAUAUCCUUCGAGACAACUACAGCCAUACUGAAGACAGGCUGUAUAUUGGCUUUGAAGCCCAAGAGGAGCAGAAAUUACAACAUGGGUUUCCAGCAGCGGGAAGCAGGAAUCUUACACAAAUAAGCGUUGUUGUGAAGUUUAUGUUAAAGCAUUCAUAUUUCCGAAAUCUGAAAUCGUGUAUAUCGAAAGCAGCCGAACAUGUUAUCCAGAAGAUUGUACCUACUCCUCGUACGUUCAGCCAAAAACCAGUUGAUAUUGGAAUCAAUCUUAGGCCUUUUGAAAACCUCUGUUCUCCUGAUCAGUUUGCUGCAUUAGAAUCCAUUCUAACCUGCUCCCCCCGAGGUCCCCCUAAUAUAAUCGUGGGGCCGUCUGGUUCUGGAAAGACGCGUAUCCUAGCAAUGGCUGCCAGCUGUUUCUUUACUGAAGCUCAUGUCAAACAGGAACCUGCUCGUAUUCUAGUGUGCACUCAACAGCAAGAGUCGGUUGAUAAUUUUUAUGACCACUAUCAAAAUUUAAUGUCUGGCAAAGAGGAUGACGUUGAAGUUAUUAUUCUGAAGGAUCGUGGCUUCAAGUAUUUCGGGACGGAAGAAAAUAAUGUCUACAAAACAAUUCAAAGCUUUGUCUCAGACCAAACAUUUCUCAGUGUUCAGCAAAAUCAUCUUGUGAUGUCGACAUGCAUGAUGGUACGUGAGCUGGUUAGAGAUCUUGGUGAUCGAUUCUUCACUCAUAUUCUGAUUGAUGAGGGGGCCCAGAUGCGGGAGCCUGAGGCUAUUGCCCCCCUCUCUCUGGCUAAUCCUGAUACUACCAAGAUUGUGAUCGCUGGAGAUCAGCAUCAGGUUGGUCCAGCUAUGCUAGUGUUUGGAGAGGUCCCAUCAUCGUGUGGUCUUGCUACUUCGUUACUAGAGCGACUGCACUCAUCAUACAAGUUGCUUUGUCAACAAUUCUACACUUCUACACUUUUAACCAACUAUCGAUCUCACCCGGACAUCUUUGAGCUCCACUCCUCCCUGUUUUACGAUACCCCCCUGAUAUCACCGUCUGAUCGUGACCCCCCAUCUCUACACCCCCUGUACCCCUACCCCCUCGUGUUUGUGUGCUCUAGUAUGGACCACUUUGUAACACAGGAUGACUAUGUGAAUGAAGACGAGGCGAGUAUCCUACUGGAUGAGGUGAACAAGUUUGCCAUUGCUAAGAAUUGGCCUACUGCUAGCUGGGGACCUCAGGACAUGUCUCAGACCUGCAUCAUGAGUCCAUCAAGACCACAGCUAACGAUGAUCAACCAGCUGAUUCGUAAAAAGGCAUUGUCUGGCAAACUGAAGACUGUAAGGAGACUACCCACAUACGACAUGCAAGGUAGGGAGUUCCGAGCUCUGUUCCUAAGCACCUCUGAACCGACCCACUCUGACGCCUCAACCUGUAACCUGAUCAAGAGUUUCUGUGAUCCGCACACAUUCAACACAGCUGUUACUCGAGCCCAGUCACUCGUGGUUGCCAUUGGUAACCCGUUCCUACUACUCAAGACAGAGCAAACCAUGUUGAAGAAGUAUGGGAAGAAAGGAAAAAUUUGGAGCAACUAUCUCAAGAGAUGUCUUGCACAAGAUUCUUUCAUUAUCCCUCCAUCUUUGAGCAAGAAUAAAACAAAAGCUACGGCUCUUAAGUUCUUUUUAAAAAGUACACUUGAAGAUGAAACUGUCCCCGAUGGUAACGAAGCCGCUAGUAUGAUCGAUAGUGAUUUUCCACUACAACCACCUCCUCCACAAGACAAUGUUAUUCGACGUUCUUCAUCUUCCACAAGUACGCAGAGUAUCAGUGGUACUAGAGUAACGGUUGCUAGCAGAUUGGACGAGUAUGAGGUGAAGUACCCACCGAUUGGCAAGGGAGGCUUUGGUGUGGUGUUCCAUGUGAAGUAUAUUAUGGAUCAGAGUGAAUAUGCACUGAAGAUAAUCAGGCUCUCUGACAUCCCUAAGAAGCAAGACAAGGUGCUGAGAGAGGUUAUGGCCUUAGCUAAGCUGGAACACGCCCAUAUUGUACGCUACCACACAUCAUGGAAAGAGAGAGCUCCGGACAAGUGGGCAGAGAAAGAAUUGUGGUCUUUGCUAAAGAGUACUGAUUCACUGCCAACCCCGCUGAUCCCAGUAACAACUGCAAGGGGGUCUACGUCCACAACUUCCAGCUCUACCCAUACAACAAACACCUCCACUAGCGCACAUGUUGUCUCUACUGACCUCUUGCAAGUUGCUUCUGGGCUGACGUCCACAACUUCCAGCUCCACCCGUGCAACAAGUUCUCCCACCAGUACACAUGUUGCCUCUGCUGACUUCUCGCAAGGUGCUUUUGGACCUACCUCUCACAGUUCUGGCUCAGUAGUCUCGUUUCGUGAUAGUGCUGGCUCCCCAUCUGGCCGCUCUCAGUUCGAGAUAUUAGAAACUGCUACGAUCCAAUCGUCGAUCCAAUCGUCCCUUCCACUUGAUCCUCCAACCUGCCUGUUUAUUCAGACAGAGCUCUGUAAGAAGGACACAUUGAGCAACUGGCUGUUAAAAAACUGUGAAGAAAAGAGCCGAAAUAAAACUGAAGUUCUAAGCUUCUUCAAACAGAUCCUUAAAGCACUGGUGUACAUUCACAAGGAGGGCUUUGUACAUAGGGACCUGAAACCAUCUAACAUAUUUUUUUCUCGGAGUGAGGGCAAUUUAAAAAUUGGAGAUUUUGGGUUAGCAAGAACAGUGGCCAUGCCACUUGGAGCCCCUACAGGUGCAGAUACUACCCAUGGUUCAGCUGAUGGCCACUCUAGAGGCAGCAUGCAGGCUGGGACUCUCCUGUACAUGAGCCCUGAGCAAAUCAAAGGGAAAAAGUGUGAUGAGAAGUCAGACAUGUUUGCUCUAGGUAUCAUCUUGUUUGAGCUUCACUACAUCAUGGAGGCCAGAUACCAGGUGCUAUCAGCUCUGCGCAAUCUGGAAUUCCCUCUCAAAUUUGAGGAUAACCUUCCCAAUGUUGCGAAAAUUGUGAAGUUAUUGCUGGCAGAAAACCCUGCUGAGAGACCACCAGCUGAUGAGUUAACUAAGAAUACUUCUCUUCAGAAUCUCUCAAAGAAAAUGAGAAAGAAUAAGGACGAUUUCAUUCUUAAGUUCUAGUACUAUUACAAUGUACAUUCUUAGUUUCUAGUAUCAUUAUAAUUAUAAUUUUAUAGUAUAUUAAUUUUUAUAUGUUAGCUUGUUAAAGCUUGUUUUAGCUUCAUUUUUAGUGCAUAAUUAUGAUCAUGAGUUGGUAGAGUGUCAUAGUUUUCAGUGCAUUCUUCAUGUUAGAUAUAAUUAUCUUGUUUGUAGCAGUUAACAAAAUAAUAAUGUACAUGGAUUA